GACAAAUGGAGUGAAGUCAUUGUCAGUGAUGGAGGGAGAUACUCUUAUUCUAGAAUCUAAUGUUACUGAAAUACAGACAUGUGAUGAGAUCGAGUGGACAUUUGGAAGCAUUCGAAUAGCUAGAAUCAAAAGAGUGAGCGGUAUCUUCUCUACAUCUUAUGAAGAUGAUUUGAGAUUCAUAGACUCCAGACUCCAGCUCGAGAAUCAAACUGGAUCACUCACCAUCACUAACACUAGGUCUGUACACACUGGAGUUUAUGAUCUAACUAUCAUGGUCAGAAAUGUGCAGUCAAUCCAGAGUUACAGUGUUACUGUUUAUGCUCUGUUGCCCAUUCCAGUAAUCUUCAUUGACACAUUAGCAUCAUCUUCAUCAUCUGAAAGAUCAUCAAGGAUCUUCCUGUGUUCAGUGUCCAAUGUGAGCCGCGUGACUCUCUCCUGGUACAAAGGAAACAGUUUAUUGUCCAGCAUCAGUGUGUCUGAUCUCAGCAUCAGUCUCUCUCUACCUCUGGAGGUGGAAUAUCAGGAUAACAACACCUACAGCUGUGUGCUCAACAAUCCCAUCAGUAACCAGACCAAACAUCUGGACAUUACUGGCUUCUAUUUGAUUUCCGGUAGGUCUUUAGUGAUCUUAGACUUUUUGUAGUGGUGAUUGUUAAUGAACUGAUCAGCUGAAUUCAUUUUUUCCCCCUCUCAGACUCUUUCCGUUGUUGUGAUUCUGUUGAAGCUGUGACCCGAUUGGUCGUCACUGCUCUGAUGGGCGUGGCUGCUGUGACUGCUGUUGUUGUUCUGCUUUAUGACAUCAAA